AGCAUUUGACUGUGGCUUGGGACGCGGAGAGAGGCACGCAGUGACUGACCGACGACCGGCGAUGGUCUAAGCGCCCUUCGGCCACCCCCUCCCCCCGACGCGACCAGGCCCUGCCCUCGCCCUCUGGACACACAUCCCACCUGGGCUCCUCCGCCUACCCGGCGCUCCUGUCCGCCCGCUUCCGCGCUGCUCGGAGGAGGCCUGGGGAGCUGCGGCGCCCGCCAGCAUGAGCGGCUCCUUCGAUCGCAAGCUCAGCAGCAUCCUCACCGACAUCUCCAGCUCGCUCAGCUGCCAUGCGGGCUCCAAGGACUCGCCCACCCUGCCUGAGUCUUCCGUCACUGACCUGGGCUAUUACAGCGCUCCCCAGCACGACUACUAUUCGGGCCAGCCCUACGGCCAGACGGUGAACCCCUACACCUACCACCACCAGUUCAAUCUCAAUGGGCUCGCUGGCACCGGCGCUUACUCGCCCAAGUCGGAAUAUACCUACGGGGGCUCCUAUAGGCAGUAUGGAGCGUACCGGGAGCAACCGCUGCCUGCCCAGGACCCAGUGUCGGUGAAAGAGGAGCCAGAAGCCGAGGUGCGCAUGGUGAACGGCAAACCCAAGAAGGUCCGAAAGCCGCGCACCAUCUACUCCAGUUACCAGCUGGCUGCCCUGCAGCGCCGGUUCCAGAAAGCCCAGUAUCUGGCCUUGCCCGAGCGCGCUGAGUUAGCUGCACAGCUGGGCCUCACACAAACACAGGUGAAAAUCUGGUUCCAGAACCGCCGCUCCAAGUUCAAAAAGCUCUACAAGAAUGGAGAGGUGCCGCUGGAGCACAGUCCUAACAAUAGUGACUCCAUGGCCUGCAACUCACCGCCAUCACCAGCCCUCUGGGACACAUCUUCCCACUCCACUCCAGCCCCCACCCGCAAUCAGCUGCCCCCACCGCUCCCAUAUAGUGCCUCCCCCAACUACCUGGAAGACCCCACCAACUCCUGGUACCACGCACAGAACCUCAGCGGACCCCACUUACAGCAGCAGCCACCUCAGCCGGCUACCCUGCACCAUGCCUCCCCGGGGCCCCCGCCUAACCCUGGGGCUGUGUACUGAGCACCCACCUGGCCUGCGCCCCCCCAACGAAGGACCCCCAGGACCAGGCAGAAGGUGCCCUAUCCUAGCGACACUCAGGAAUCAUCAAGGGGCACAGGGGAAAGAGUCCCUUCCCCCUCCCUUGUCCCUUAUUCCAGGGACCCAAGAACCUCCAGAUGAGAUAUGCAUGGACCAAGGAUGCCCCCCAAAACCAACUUCCUUCCCCCUGCUUAGACUGGGGUGCCCUCCAGAUGUUGAGGCAUUUCACUCCAGUGGGGACAGCACAUGCUCUCUGCUCCAGGAACCUGGAUUGCCUUCUAGAUGGCUCAUCACCUUCCAGCCUUUCAAACAUAGUAGAGAUCUCCAAAAAAAAAAAAAAAAAAACGGGGAGAGCCGGAGUAUUUGCAAGUCCAGCCUGCGCUGGGGCACCAGGCGCCAUGGAUUCCAGCACUGCCAGAACUAAGCCACCGAGGCAACCAACCCACGCUUGAGACACUCUAUGAAAGACAUUGGACAUCACAUCAUGGCUGAUCCUCAAGGUGGGGGCCUGACUUAGCACUCUCUAUUCUCCCGCCCUCAUUUAAGCUUUGAGGGUUAAACCAAAGAAAACUCCCCCAAAUGAGGGAACCUUUUAAUAUCCAGGGAAGAAUGAAAGGAGCCGUCUCUCCACCCCUUCCCUGGGGAGAAGGGCCACUCACGUUUUUCCUAAGGGCCCCAUUUCUUCUUCCAUGUAUAGGACUUUGCACAACCCUGGUUUUAAAAGCUGUUGAAACAUAGGACGACAAAGGGCAUUGUUACCAGUUAGGACCAAAUCCCACCCCUCUCAUGGCGGGCAGCUCUGCUCUGCCUUCCCUGCCCCCUUCACCCCUUCCUUCUCUCCCAGUAAGUUGGCAGUCUGGGGGAGGUCAAACCCCAACUCUCUGCAGAAAUACACCAAGCAAGACGAAUCCCCAAACACCCCCUUCACGGCAGCUUUGGAAAUGGAUUGCGUCCACCCAGCUGCAGGAUGCAAGUGAGGAGCCGGGAGACCAGAGGAGACCUAGGACUCAGUGCCUUAGGGGUGAGGUGGGCUGCUUGGAGGGCUGGUACCAUUGCCCCUCCCUGGCCCAGGCAUCCCCCCAAAGCUAACUUUCUUCUGCUCCUGAUGUGGUAAGACAUCGAAGAAAAGGAGAGGUAAAAGACUGUAGUUAUAUAUAUAGUAUUUUUUUGUUGUUUUUUUUUUUUUGGUUUUUUUUUUUUUUUUUUUUUUAAAGAGCAACCAAGAGAAGCAGCCUCCUCCCUUGUGGUUUCCUAUUUAUGUGACCCUGGUCCUCCUGGACCAAUCUCCCUGUGUGUUGCAAGCCGAAAGAGGGAUGUGGGCUCCUGCUGGAUUUGGGUUUCGUGGGAGGUGCAGGAGUAAGGAGAGAUGUGGUGGGUCUCCAAGUCCCACCCCAAGGGGACAGGAAUGAAGCCAGCUCCCACCGCUCCCCAGCAUUCUCAUUUCUGCUUCUGUACUGGACCAGUCUUUAUAUAUAAUGUUAAUAAAAAAAAAAAAGAAGAAGAAGAAAAUAA